CUGCUUCUCUUCAUGAGUCUCCCCACCGUCAUUUACAGUUGUUCACCAAUCACCUGCUAAUUGUAUUCCCAACUUUCUCCUCAUGUAUGAGGAGUAAACGCGCAUCACCUCUCUUCCAUCUGCUGGCUGCUCCUCCGUCGCGCAUGCGCAGUGCGGCUCUCCAUCAUUUCCAAUAUCCCAGUGUAGGAGAAGCAGCAGAGGCAGAGAACUAAUGGCUAAUGGGUAGAGGCUGCUUCUUAUUAUUAUUAUUCCUAUUUUACCCCAGCUUCGAGGCGCAUCGUUUCACCGUUUCGGCACCGGUACGCAUUCGCUGGGAUGCCCGGGAACCAUGGGAAUACCACUACCCAGCUGUGUUUGGGACCCAGUAUGUUGAAGAUCCUCCACACGUCGUACUGAGGGAGUGCAUGAAAGACAAAUGACAAAAGAAUAAACAGAAUAAUAUUUAAUAAAGGACUUUCCUGUGAAAGCACAACGCUCCCCCCGCCACCGUUUCCCGCCGGCAUCGUCCCCGAGUCGCAUGGCUCCGAACGACAAGAUGCAGUAAUGGAGUUCCAGACGCCGUUCAGCCCCGUAGCCAUGAAGCCGCUCAAAGGGUAGGGUCCGCCCUGAGCUUGGCCUCGCCCUACCCGCCCGCCGCUCCACCCGAGAGCCCCCCGAGAGCCCCGCGUUGAAUCUUGAAGCUCCGCCCACCUUCUCCACCCCUCCCGCCGCCUCCACCUCCACCUCCUCCUCCUCCACCACCACCACCACGGCUUUAGACAACGAAAAAUGACACCGGUUGAUGUCUGAUAUAUGUCCCUCUGAGGUGUCGAGCGUAAACCCGGUGGAGCAAUGAAUGGCGGAAAGGACUGUGAGGUGGGAGACGAGCGGCAGGUCGUCCCUGUCCAGGUCCCCAUUGGCUGGCAGCGCAAGGCGGAGCUCGGCGGAGGGGUCGUGUACAUAAGUCCCAGUGGCUCGGUGCUGUCCAGUCUGGAGCAGGUGAAGACCUACCUGCUGACAGAUGGAACCUGUAAAUGUGGCCUGGAGUGUCCUCUCAUCCUCCACAAGGUGUUCAACUUUGACCCGGGGGCAGCCGUGAAGCUGAGGACGGCGGAGGAUGUGAAAGCGGAUGAAGACGUCACCAAACUCUGCAUUCACAAGAGGAAGCUUCUGGCCGUGGCCACGCUGCACAAGAGCAUGGAGACGCACCCACCUCUGACGCUGACCAGUCCGGGUGGAGGUACAUCGUCUGGUGUCGCCGUGCAUUCCACGAAUCAACGAGCAAUAAGGACUAAACCCAACGAUGGCCUGCUCAACGCUGUCGGCCCCGACUGCAAGAGUUCUUUCAAGAUGAUGAUGGCAGCUGGACAGCAGCAGCAGCAGAGGCUGUAUCCGCCCCAGGAGAUGAGUGGAGCCCAGCAGCCAGAGCUCUACUCUGGGUACCACAGGCAGCCGAGGCUGGGCAGCGGGGAGCCGGGCCCCAAAUCUCCGUACCGGUCUGGGUAUGGAGGCAUGUUGAGCCCCCCUCCCUCCGGUGCCAAGCUGUACGGAGACGGCUCGCAGUCUCCCAGCGCAGACACUCUGGGGAGUCCCGAGGGCUUCCCACGGACCAAUCCCUGUGGCUUUCCCGGAGCCGGUAGCCCCGGCUCGGCCUCCAUUCACGGGAACACCAGGACGCCUCUUUCCCCCCCCAGCCUGAUGCUCCACGGCUCCCCCGCGGGCCAGAUCUCCUGCGCCAUGACAGGGAGGACUAGUACGCCCCUUUCCCCGACGGCCACUGCCAAAAGCCCUGUCAUGAACAUGAACAUGCCAAGAGGGAACUUUCCCCCUGGCAUGGAUUUGCCACGUGCAGCAUUUCACCAUAAAACGCAGCCCCCCGUGCACCCCGUACCUCCCCCGCCAUCCAUACCGCCAUCCUGUGCGCUUCAGAAAAGGCAGUUGACUUCUGAAAAGGACCCCCUCGGCAUCCUGGACCCCAUUCCCAGUAAGCCAGUCAGCCAGGCGCCUGCCAACACCCAGAACCCUUCCAACUUCCAGCCUAACAUCCACUCUCAGGUACCAAUGAUGAAUGUAAACAUCCCCCCUCCCGCCAUCGUCCCUUUGCCAAGCAACUUACCUUUACCCACAGUGAAGCACGGGCCUGUGGGACACGGUGGCCACGUUCAAAGGACUCAACAGGUUGGUCCGGCUUCCUCCAUGUCUCCCUCCCCCGUCACCUCCCCGGUCCACAUGGCCGGACCUGCGCUCGGGAGGAUGGAGGCCUCCCCCCAUCGCUCGCGUUCAUCCUCCACCUCCUCUGACCAUGGGAACUUCGCGAUGCCCUCAGGGCACCAAGGCCCGUGUGGCAGCAUGAAGGUUCCUCCACGUUCCCCCAGGUCGGCCAUGGGGUCUCCCCGGCCAGCCAUGCCCUCGAGCCCCUCCACCAACAAAACGGACCCACUCCACCAGUACAAAGACUCCCAGCUGCUGCCCGGGAUGGCAAACUCCAUCGGCUCCCAGCAACACAGCAACCCCAUGUACUCGCCGACCUCUUCCUCCUCAUCGUCAUCUUCCCUGGCAACGCCCAGCGCUUCCCAGAAGGGCCACCCAGGACUCCUGGGGAUGCCCCUCAACCAGAUCCUCAACCAACAGAACGCUGCUUCCUUCCCGGCCAGCAGUCUCCUGUCGGCUGCAGCCAAAGCACAGCUAGCAAAUCAAAACAAACUCAGCGCUGCUGGCAGCGGCAGCGGUGGCAUGGCCGCCGGUGCCGCUGGUAUGUCAGGCAUGGGGGCAGGUGGCGGAGGCGGCGGAGGGGGCGGCGGUCACCCCGGCUCCAUGAGCGGCCCUCGAGGCAUGGACGGACACAGCACUUUAAACCCCAUGCUCCCUCCAAACUCCACCAUGCUGCUCAACGCUGCUGAGGGCCAGAGCGGCCGGGCGGCUCUGAGGGACAAACUCAUGGCUCAGCAGAGGGACCCCAUGCGCAAACGGAAGCAGUCGUCUGGCGGCGGCGGCGGCGGCGCUGUAAACCACGACAACAGCAACAACAUGGUCUACAGCCUGCUCAACAAGCCCCACAUGCCGGGCCCCAGCGCCACCGAGCAGCUGAGGAAAGUGGGCCGGCUCGGAAACCUCCACCCCAACACCUCCAUGGCUCAGCUGCUCCAGACCAUGAGCUGCCAGAGUUCACAUCGUCCAGGCCUGAGCCCCGGCCCGGGUCCCGGCGCCCAAGGGUCUGCACCGCUGCACUACAACGACAGCACAGUCCUGGUCCCCGGGGGCCCCCAGCAGAACCUCCUGGUCCAGCAGAGGCUGCGGGGUCCAGGUGAAACCAUGCAGCACUGCCAGAGCAUGGACCCCUCCGGGGGCCACCUCGGCUCCCGGCAGAGCCAGUUCCCCGACAUGAUGGCUCAGAUGCAGGCGUCCUCCAUGAGUAACUGUGGUCCCGUGGGGCCGGACGGCAUGCCCCUGGGACGCCCCAACGCUAACCCCCCGCCCCUGUCUCACCCCGGCCCUCACCCCGGCCCUCACCCCUCACAGCUCCACAACAUGGGACGGACAAACAUGGUGAUGCCACAUGGAGGCGGUGAUGGCAGCUGCACGCAGAGCAUCUCUGACACAGGAAACCCGUCGUCCCUCGGCUGCACCCUGAGCGGUGGAGGUCCCAUGUACCAGCAGCAGGUCCACCAGGGCCCCAUGCAGCACCCAGUCUACCCGGGGGGGCAGCACUUCUCUGAGGGCCCCGCGGGGUCCAUGCCCUGCCUCUACCAGAACUACCAGCAGGGGGGGAUGAUGCCGCACCCGCCGUACGGGGAGGAGCAGCAGCCCCAGGAUGAGGGGCUCCCGCCGGGGGGGCCUGGCUCUGACAGGGGCCCCGGUGGAGAGUCUGUGGACGCCAUCUACAGAGCGGUGGUGGACGCCGCCAGCAAAGGGGUCCACGUCACCAUCACCACCACGGUGAGCGGGACCACCCAGGCCAGCCCGGUGCCGGCCCUCAGCGCCAUGAGUGCCUUCACCGCCUCCAUCGGGGAGCCCGUCAACCUGCCCCAGGCCGUGAGCGCCGUCCUGCACGGGCACCAGGAAGGGGAGGCCGUGCCCCCCCAGCAAGCCAGGCCGAGGCAGGUGAGGCCGGGCCGGGGUCAGAAGAACCUGGAUCCGGGGAAGAGAACUCCCGACGGCCCGGAGGCCGGCGACUACUUCCGGUCCCCCGGCCGCGGGACCCCCCGGGGCCAGUGGGACGGGGAGGCGCAGCACGGGGGCGGCUUCGACGCCCACAGCAACAACAGCGCCUGGGGGGGCGAGGAGUUUCUGGAGUGCUCCACCCAAGUGAGGAGUAGUCCCUGCAGCCUGGCCCCCGCCCCACCGUGCCCCGCCGAGGGGGCCGGCGACCACGGCCUGGGCCUGGCCCACGACAAGGCCUUCCUGGACAACGGCUACCGCUUCAACAACUGCAGCCGGACGCCCUCCAACUACAAGGAGCGUCUGGAGCAGACGGUGGAGCGCUGCGUCAGCAUCAACGGCGCCACCCCCCACUUCAACACCCGCGGCUACGGCGAAGUCCUGGGCCCCCCGCGGCAGGAGCUGACGGGGGACGACCAGUCCCCCAGCUCCUCCACGAGUCUCGAGGGGCCCCUGGCCACGGCCAAAGACUACAGCCACUACAACGGCCACUUCAACGGCAUGGCCCCCAGCCCCUCGGACACUAAGAGCCUGAGCAGCGAGGAGGACCUGCGGCAGCCGGACUCCCCCUCCUCAGAGCUGCUCCACUACCGCUCCAGGACCUUCAACAUGGGGGAGCUGGUCUGGGGCCAGCUGAAGGGCUUCCCGCCCUGGCCCGCUAAGCUGGCCGGGGACGAGCAAGUUCACAGCGCUGCGAUGCAGCUGAGGGAGCAGGCCAAGGUGGAGCCAGAAAAGCUAAAAACACUAACUCACGACUUGGAGGCACUUGACCGAGCCGCUAAACGAGGCCUGAAGCCGGGGAAACUGAAUAAUCACCUGGAAGCUGCUAUCCACGAGGCCAUGAGCGAGCUGGACAAGAUGUCAGGCACAAUCCCGUCCCGGGACCGUCAGGUGAAGCUGCCCAAGCCCAAGAGGAGGAAGAUCUCCAGAUAACAUUGAAUGUGUCCCAGCUCUCCAACAGGUGCUACACAAGGACUCGACUGGUACAUCCUGGUCCCGUGAUCUCACUGAGGUGCUGGAGAUGAUCCCAGAUCCCACCACCGUACAGGUUAAAACUGUAGGAGGCGAAAAAAACAAAAAAAAAACACAACUAAACAAAAAAAAAAGAGAGAGAGAGAGAAACGGAAGAAAAAAGACAGAAAAACAUCGGUUGCAAUUUGUCUACAGCUCACUGAAUAAUUAACUAUUUUUUUCUAGUAUAAGAUAGUAAAAUAAACAAAAAAAACAAGCAUUACCUUACAUAUUUAAGAAGAAUAGACAGUCCAAAUAUUUCUGAUACAUUUUCAAUAUGUAUAUAGAUAAUCCUGAAAUUUCCUGCUAUUAAGAAUUGUAUGUAAAUAUUGUACAAUGUCAUGUACAAGCGUACCUAAUGCACAUUUUAUCUUUUAUUGUACAAAAACAAAGCAGAAGAAGUGUACCAAUGUCUGGGUUUCUAUUCAGAAACGAUGCGUAGGACAAAUAAGAAUACAGCCUAAAGCUUUUAUAUGACCAGCUGGUUUACUUUACUGUUGGUUCCUUUUUUUAUUUUCAUUUUUUAUGGGUAACAGCGUCACGUGAGUUCUCCAUUACAACAACAACAACAUAAAAAAAAAAAAGAUGAAACCACAGAAUGAACUUUACCAGCAGAAAGUGUUCAGAGCUUCGUUUUCGUUUCGUUCUAAGCACCAAAACUAAACCGCUGCCGAUAUUCAUCCACCCUCCGCUUCAGAUUUAAGUCGCGUGUUCCAGUCCCAGGAUCAGGAUCAGGAUCAGGAGAGAAACAUCUAAGAUGACAGAAACCUAACAGGAGACCAGGGAGGUGUUGAUCUUCUUCUUCUGUGGUGGCGCUAGACAGAACAAGAGACUAACCUCCACCACUACUACAACUACUACUACUCUUCUUCUGUUUUAAUGGUGGUCGGCCGUUAUUAUCCCAGAAGAAGAAGAACACAAACACUGAGGGUUUAAAAGACGAGGAAAGUUUCCUGGAGACAAAUCUUCCAGAGAGAGUUAGGGAGUUUAUGACCAGAGCGUUUCUGGAGCAGAGGACACAAGGUACGAGCUCCCCUCUCCACACUACUUAACCCUGAUGGACAAAGACUUCAGGGGUCUACAGGGAACCAACUCCAGGACAUUGAGGGUCAGAUCCAGGACAUUGAGGGUCAGAUCCAGGACGUUUAGGGUCAGAUCCAGGACGUUCAGAGACGUUUAGGGUCAGAUCCAGGACAUUUAGGGUCAGAUCUAGGACGUUUAGGACAUUGAGGGUCAGAUCCAGGACGUUUAGGACGUUUAGGGUCAGAUCCAGGACAUUUAGGGUCAGAUCUAGGACGUUUAGGACAUUGAGGGUCAGAUCCAGGACGUUUAGGACGUUUAGGGUCAGAUCCAGGACGUUUAGAGACGUUUAGGGUCAGAUCCAGGACGUUUAGAGACGUGUCCUCCAGGUGGUUUAAAGCUGUCGUGGUCUCAUCUGCUCUUGUGUUGGCGCUGGUUUGUUCAGUGACAUGUGACAUGAUGGUUUCUCAGAGUCUAGAUCAUCAGAAACACUAACAGGUUUUCAGGAGCCUUCAAAGCAUUUCUCCUUCUUCUUCUUCUCUUCUUCUUCUCUUCUCCUUCUUUCGGGGCCUUGUGUUGUUUUUUAUUUGAAGUUUUUGAUGUAAAUUAUUUCUGUACAGUACUCCAUAUUUAUUUUAAGCUUUACAAAUAUGCUAGAUGGCAAUAAUACUACCAAGAGUUGAGAACUCAAGCCUUAUAUGUGUAAAUGUAUGUUGUUGUUUUCUAACCAGUGAAUAGAUCAUGAGGUCAGAGGUCAUAUCCCCUUCUUAUUUAACACGUUAUUAACACGUUACUCCCCAUAACACUACGAACCAUCCGUCUACGGCCGACUGGUGUUGGACUCACGCCUCAAAUCACUACAGAAAAAUAUCAAGUGCAAUAUCACAGUCGACGGCAGCAACGAUCAACCCUCAACGUUUCUUCUCAAAAAUGAAGUUUUUAGUUUCCAGACGUGCCACAAACCCCCGCAAAAUAAAACUUUACUUGAAUUUCUUUCUCUUUUUGUUUGUUUGUUUUUUUAAGUCAGAAACUAAAUGACCUAAAAACCAAAUAAUCCACUAAACAACCGCUGAUUAAAACAUAUCUUUAGAUGCUUUUAAAGUCAAGUCGUACUGUAUUUUCUGAUCUGAGGUGUCGCGCUGAGAAACGAGACUUUAUCUUUAUUUUUAUUUUUUUUUCAGCGUGCACACUUUCACAGAUCUUUACUGUAAACUGUGGCGAGGAAAUCUCUCCCAGCCGUUAUAAAAAAAAAUAAAUAAAUAAAUAAAAAUGUGACGUGAGCUCUUUUGGUAAAGUUCAUUCUGCCUCCUCCGUUGUUUUUUAUUUUUAUUUUUAUUUUUUGGUGCAAUGACGAGCAGGAGCCCGUGGAUCUGUUCUAUCAUGUUAUCUGUUGAAGAGGUGCCGUGUGAUUUUCUUUAUUUUUAUUAUUUUUUUGCUCUUUUCGUUGUCAGUAUUUUAUUUCCUUAAACUUGUAAUUAAGUAUAUAUUUUCUCACUAAUAUAUACUUUACAAAAAAUAGACUUGCGUGAAGUAUGAUGUGCACUUGAUUGCUUUAUUUGUUUGUUUGUUUGUUUUUUUGCAUUAAUGUGGGCUAGGGAUAGUUUGUCCAUUAUUUUCAGAUUGUUUUGGAUUUUUUUUAAUGGUUUGAUGUAAGCAGCAUUUUUUUGUAAAUAUUGUGAAACAUUACAGGUCAUGCAGUGAUGUAACAUUUUGAAUAAUGUUGCACAGAUGUUUAAGAUAUUAAAAACAUGGUCACUCUUA